AUGGGAAAUGCUGAGAGCCAGCACGGAGAUGUGGCCUUCCCGGGGACGGAGCGCGGCUAUUUGUCACGGAAGCGCACGUCGCGUUCUCUCCGCAUCCCAGACAGGCGACCGCGGCUCACCUCGUCGGGGAAGACGGAGCACAGGAACUCGGAGACCAGCACGCGCUCCAGCAGUACUCCCAGCAUCCCGCGCUCCCUGGCCGAAAAUGCCACGGAGCCCUUCGACGAGGGCGACGUCCCGCCCCGUUUCGGUAGCCCCGUUUGGGUGGACCGCGUGGCCAUGAACCUGCGGCCGGCAUCCUUCGGCCGCGACCCGGAAGAGAUCGGCGGCUCGGGCAAGAAACGCUCCAAGUCGGCGGAUACGUGGCGAGACGACAGUCCGGAUUUCUCCCUGUCGGACGUGAGUCGAGACCACGCGACCAGCGCGGAGGAGAUGGCAAGCCCUGGCGCCGAACGCGACUCUGAAGACGAGGGCCCGCCGCGCUCCGCCGCCGCGGACUCCUUAGACCGGGUCUACGGUCGCGAAGGCAAAGGGGUCAGCGGAGACGAGAAGAUGUUCUCCGAGGAGGACUGUAACGCGUACGGCGCCUUCACGCUGCCGUGCAGACGCUCGCAUUGCCUCUCGGAAGGACCGCGGGCCAUCACGGGGGCCGGCUUGCGGGGCAGGAGGGCGCAGACCAUCCAGGACGUCACGGCCGGCGAGGGCGGCGAGUACGAGGACGGCUACGAUGUGACGGCGGAGGCCGAGUCCCGCCGCUACAAGACCGCGUCGGCCUCCUCGGCGGCGGGCACGAGCGACAGCGGGAGCGGCGGCGGGUGCCAGGGCGUCUACGAGAACUUCCGGCAAGAGCUGGAGAUGAGCUCCUGCCGGACGGAGAGCCAGGAGGAGGCGCUGAGCGACGAGAGUCAGAGCGCCGUCAGCUCCGCCUACCGCUCGGACCCGCCGCCGGGCGCGCGGGGCACGGUGCGCAAAGCGGGUCGGCUCGCCGUCAAGAACUUUCUGGUGCACAAGAAGAACAAGAAGGUGGAGUCGGCCGCUAGACGCAAGUGGAAGAGCUACUGGGUGUCUCUCAAAGGCUGCACCCUUUUCUUCUACGAGACGGACGGGCGCUCUGGAAUCGACAACAGCAGCGUCCCCAAGCACGCCGUCUGGGCCGAGAACAGCAUCGUGCAAGCCGUACCCGAGCAUCCCAAAAAAGACUUUGUCUUCUGCCUUAGCAACUCGCUCGGGGAUGCAUUCUUAUUCCAGACGAGCAGCCAGACAGAGUUGGAGAACUGGAUCACGGCCCUCCACUCGGCAUGCGCCGCCGCCGUCGCCCGGCAUCACCGGCGCGAGGACACGCUACGCCUGUUGCGCGCCGAAAUCAAGAAGCUGGAACAGAAGAUCGACAUGGACGAGAAGAUGAAGAAGAUGGGCGACAUGCAGCUGUCCGCCGUCACAGAUACCAAGAAGAGAAAAACCAUUCUUGAUCAGAUCUUCUUGUGGGAGCAGAACCUGGAGCAGUUCCACAUGGACCUUUUCCGAUUCCGCUGUUACCUGGCCAGCCUGCAGGGCGGCGAGCUGCCCAACCCCAAGCGCCUGCUGGCCUUUGCCUCGCGACCCACCAAGCUGGCCAUGGGACGCCUGGGGAUCUUCUCUGUUUCGUCUUUCCACGCGCUGGUGGCGGCCCGCACGGACAGCGGCGUGAGGCGGCGAGCGCACGCUACGUCGCGCUCGUACAGCAAGCGCAAAAGCCGCUUCUCUUCGCUGUGGGGUCUGGAUACCACGUCUAAAAAGAAGAGCAGAGCCCACCCCAGCAUCAACCAGGUUUUUGCGGACGGAGAAGAGCUUAUUAAAAAGAGCGACGAUGGAAUUCCCACCGAGUCGGCGAAGGAGGGACAAUCGAAUGAAGAUGAGAGCAGGAUGGCCGCCCCGCCGGCCGGGGCGGAGGGUGACGCGUGGCCGCCAGAGCACGUCACCCCAUCCUGGGUUUGUUUGCCCGACGACCAGCCGGUGCUGACCGUCGUCCGACCCGGAGAGUCGGCGCUCUGCGUGCUUGAAACCAUAUGCAAGGCUCAUCAACUGGACCCCACCAAGCACUACCUUCGACUCAAGUUCCUGAUUGACAAUGUAGUGCAGUUCUACAUCCCCAAACCGGAGGAGGACGUGUGCGACCUGCUUUACAAAGAAGUGGAACUCUGCCCCAAAAUCACAAAAGUUGUCCAGUUUGACCGCGACGAGUCGUGCAUGAUCGGCUACGGUUUCUCCAUCUCGGUGGUGGAGGAGGACCGAGUGCAGCAGCUUUACAUCACGGACGUGCGGGCGGGCGGCCUCGCCUUCGCUAAAGGUCUGAAUGCGGGCGAUGAAAUCCUGGAGCUGAAUGGCAAAGAGGCCCAGAGUCUGGACUUUUCCGACAUGAAGGCGGCGUUCUCGCUAUCGUCGCUGGCGCUGAGGGUCAGCACGCUUCCCCCUCUGGAGCGCCGCCAGCUCUGCUUUCUACCGCCGCGACGCUCCCACACCCAGGACAACCUUUACACUGACAUCUUCUCCCAGAGCCAGGAGGAGAUCCUGGACGACGGCGUGGGGCUCCUGCUGGAAAGUUCCGGGGACAGCUUGGACGACGACUCCGAGAUCUUUGACCGAUGCGUGAAGCCCAGGAAGCGCUCCUGCGACUCGCUUUUUGACAUGCUUCAUCUGAAUACGGAGCAAGUGGCGGCCUUUUGCCGCAGCCUCCACGACAUGAACCCGGCGGACUGCGCGUCGUCGUCUUCGCCCAGCCCCGAUUCGCCGUUCCCGCCCGCGCUCCGCCAGCUUUCGGACGCCGACAAGCUGCGUAAGGUCAUCGGCGAGCUGGUGGAGACUGAACGCACCUACGUCAAAGACCUGAACUGCCUCAUCGGACGAUAUUUAAGCCCGCUGCAGAAAGAGAGCUUUCUCACUCAGGAUGAGUUGGAUGUUCUCUUUGGAAAUCUUCCAGAAAUGGUGGAAUUCCAGGUAGAGUUCCUGAAGACUCUGGAGGACGGGACCCGGCUGGUUCCGGAUCUGGACAAGCUGGAGAGAGUGGAGCAGUUCAAAAAAAUCCUUUUCUCCCUGGGAGGCUCCUUCCUCUACUACGCCGAUCGCUUUAAGAUCUACAGCGCCUUCUGCGCCAGCCACACCAAAGUCCCCAAGGUCCUCGUGAAAGCCAAAAGCGACCCCGACUUCAAGGCUUUUUUGGACGAGCGCAACCCUAAGCAGCAGCAUUCGUCCACGCUGGAGUCGUAUCUCAUCAAACCUAUCCAGAGGGUCCUCAAGUACCCUCUGCUGCUCAGGGAGCUCUACUCGCUCACCGACCCGGACAGCGAAGAGCACUACCACCUGGAUGUCGCCAUGAAGGCCAUGAACAAAGUGGCUAGCCACAUUAACGAGAUGCAGAAAAUCCACGAAGAGUUCGGCGCCGUCUUCGACCAGCUCAUCACCGAGCAGAGCGGCGACAAGAAGGAGGUUGCUGACUUGUCUAUGGGCGAUCUGCUACUCCACACCAGCGUGUCUUGGAUUAACCCGCCUGCUUCUUUAGGAAAAUGGAAAAAAGAGCCCCAGAUGGCCACUUUUGUCUUCAAAACAGCAGUCGUUUUCGUCUGCAAGGAUGGAUCCAAACAGAAGAAGAAAAUGGGCGGCUCCCACCGAGCAUCGACGUCUUCCGAAGAAAAAGACCCCUUCCGAUAUCGUCACAUGAUUCCGACCGACUCCCUGCAAGUCAGACCGUUGGCCAACGCCAACGCGGACGGCGAAGGGACGUCCGUGUGCGAGAUCGUCCACACAAAGUCGGAAUCGGAAGGCCGGCCGGAGAGAGCUUUCCAGCUGUGUUGUAGUUCCCCAGAAAGCAGAAAAGACUUUGUCAAGACGGUUCACUCCAUCCUUCGCGAGAAGCACCGGCGCCAGCUGCUGAAGACGGAGAGCCUUCCGCUCAGCCAGCAGUACGUGCCCUUCGGAGGCAAGCGUCUUUGCGCGCUCAAGGGCGCUCGGCCCGUCAUCAACCGAGCAGCCUCCGCACCGACCAGAACUCUGGGUCGUCGGAAGCUAGUCCGCAACCGCUUCACCAUCGACACGGACGUGGUCCCGGAUGGCGAGCCCGACCCGGCGUCCCCCUCGGACCCGGCGUCCCCCUCGGACCCGGAGCGUCUGCGCUCGUCGGGCGACACGGACCGCUGGGUGGAAGAACAGUUUGACCUCAAAGAGUACGAAGACCCCGAGGAGGCCAAGGAGACAGAUAUCCUGAGCGACGAAGACGACGGGCUCCGCCUCGGGACGUCGCUCGCCGCCUUGUCUCUGGACGGCGAGGGGGCGGAGUCCGGGGACGCGACUACCGUGUGGGUGCGGCGAGAAUCCUCGCCAGACUGA